GAAGGAGCAGAAUCGUAGAUAAAUGUCUUCUCCAGUUCAAGCAGACGAAGAUGAGGUGGAGGAAGAAGUGGAGUUUGUAUCAAUGGAAGACAAAAUCGACCGCCAUAAAGCUCAUGUUACAUCUACUCUGGAUAGACUAGCGCAGCAGGUGGCCCAAGAGAAACGGGCAAGAGAAGACAAAUGUAGAGCGUUCAAGGAGAAACAAAUCUUACAAAAAGCUCAUGGACAGCAGGAGCUGGCUUUCAGUUCUACAAAUGGAAGUCAUCAGGAAGCAAAGAGAUGUGUAGAUAUGUGGUUAAAGAUGCCAGGUCUAAAACCGGGAGUGAUCAGUGCUGGUUCUGGACGGAGACACAGACCUGCUUCUUUCCCCACAAAUACUUCAACUAAACACACUUGUCCAGUUAUCAACUGUGGUCGAGUGUAUGACCAUGCAUCCCUCCUCGACGGUCAUUUGAAAAGGUUUGAUCACUCCCCUUGUGAUCCAACCAUCAAUCUUAAAGGAACUCCAUCUGAUCUGUUUGCAUGUGAGGCUUGUGGUCAGUGUUUUCUGACUAAAGAAGCAUGGAGGCAACAUCUUGAAUCUAAGGUGUCCUCAUCUAAUGCUGGAGGUCACAGCAUCAGUCAGACAUAUCAGCGUAUCGCGUGUUUUGCUUGUCCUGCCUGCUACCUCCUCUUCAACCUCCGGGAUGAGUGUCUUCAGCACAUGUCAGCCAAAAACCACUUCACAGAGUCACUUGCAAUGAAUGAACCCAGAGGAAGAGCACUGCCAGUUCCCAUCCCACAACGUGCUAAGAAUCGUCUCAUCGCUUUGUGCAAGGAUACAACAUUCAAUGUUCGAUGCUCUUUAUGUCACAAAGUACUGACCUCACAUCAGACUGCUCAAGCUCACUUUAAUGUGCACUGCAGACAGGGCUGUGCAGUAGCCAAGGCGGAUAAACCGAUAGUGCAGGUAAUGAAACAGCUACAAGUGCGAGGGCAGUGCUCCCUCUGCUGUAAAAUCUUCCUCAGCCAAGCUGAAAUGGAGAGACACAAAGAAUCGACCCACCACGACGUGGAGGUCAACCAAACAAUGGCAAGAGCACUUCUUCAAUACUGCAGGUUUAGUGAAAUUCAAAACACCCAGAGGGCUCGUGACAAAAGGCAAUCUACUGGCCCUGAUUCACCUUUUCAAAAGAGAAACAAGAAGAGGAGUGAUUUUGAAGAGAUUUCAGCCAAACGACAGAGACUGGGUGUAAAUGGCAGCACCAGCAGAAAUACAGUUACAGCAUGGUUCUGUGAGUGUGGUCUGCAGUUCUCAGAGGAGGCCACAGCCAGUAAGCAUCUCUUGGCUGUGAACCAGAUUUUCCAUCAGUGUGGUGUGUGUGGCAAACUCAUGGGAGAAUCUUCAAUUACCCGCCUGCAUAUGAGUCGCUUUCAUGGCGGGGCUCAUCUCUCCAACUUCCUCUUCUACUGCCGCAAGUGCAAAGUGGAAAUGCCUCGAUACAAAGAUAUCCUCUCACAUGUAUCGGAAGUGCACAGUGGACACACCUUCUUCAGUGAGCAAGAAGUUUCUGAGGAGCUCACCACCGUCAUCGAUGACAAGCCAUCCACCAGCAGCGGAGUCACCCCGCACUCAUCGUCUAAGACAAAGGUUCAACCCGACACAGUAGAGGCAUAUUCCUCAACAGCAGCUCAGACUUGGAUGUGCAGGAUGUGCGAGGACAUCUUCGACUCGGAAGCAGUCGUCCAGAAACACUGCAAUGACGUGGGCAGUCACAGCUUUCAGAGGUUCAUCUGUGGCCACUGUCCACAGAAGUUCUUUAAAGAGUCCACUGUGCGCAGACACUGUAUGAAUGAGCACGACGGGCAGAUAAAGAGCUCCCACUUCUGCGGCCUCUGUGACAGUAUGCAGUUUGAAUCGGAAGGCGAGUUCUUGGAGCAUUACAAGAGUCUUCACAGUAAGGACUACUACUGCAUGGAUGACGCUGAAGUUGUCCAGCCUGCUGUUGCUGAAAGCACCAGUCAGCCCCCUGCCACGUGCCCAUGCAUGGCUUCAGAGAAGAGCAAAGAAGAAAUGAAAGCUAUGUAUACACAGUGUAUGAGAAAUCUGGCCGCUGAUGGUAGAUGUCAGUAUGUGUGCGUUCCUUGUAGUGUGUCUGUGCUCUCCUAUGCACAGAUGAAGACUCAUGUCCACACAAAACACCCAGCCUUGAAGCUGGACAAGACCUUUGACGUAGAAUGCAAAACUUGCCAGGAAAGUUUUACAGAUGUACCAAGUUUCCAUAAACACUAUCACUCACAGCACUGUUCAAUGGAACCUUGCACGAGCUCCAGGAAAGAUGUGAAAGCAGAACCCACUGCCGUCAAAAUCGUUGAUGCUGUGGAGAUCAAACCCCAAACUAAAGAGAUUGAAGAUGAAACACUGGUGAAGUUUUUGAAGAUGGAGCAGACCGAGGAAGAUAUUAAAGCCAAUGAAAAUGAAUCUAGUGAGGAGAUGGACCAUGCAAUGGCUGUGAGUGCAGAAGAAGCAGAGUUGGAAGAAGCUCUUAAAAGAAGCCUUUUGGAAUUCUGAGUAUGUGAAAAGAUUUUUUUUUUGUGACACUGUGUUCAUCGGAUAUGAAUAGUAAGAUUUGUGUUGAGAAUAUGUUAAAUAAAUGUUAUUUUUAUUUUAUUUCUUUUGCUGUGAUUUUAGUCAUUUUGAUAUCAACACAGGACGUCACAGACAUCACCACUGGUCCCAGUUUGAAGUUGUCAUGUUUUGUUAUAAAGACUCAACACUUCAGGGCGUCGAUACAUGAGCUAUAGAUGGCAUUGAUGACACUGCAAGAUGCCAUGGAUUAACUAGUGACACCACGCUGCCAACUGUGUCUCCUGUUACCUUCUCUGUUCCACUGCAGACUUGAAAUCCAGUGUAUUGUGGACACUUUAAGCAGUAUUGCUAAAAUCAUGUCCGUAGGAAAGAAAUCAUUUGGAGCUCAGAGUACACAGCACACUUACACCCACCUGGAUGAAAAUAAAAGAAACUAAAGAGACAUUCACCAGGGGUCUGCUAUGUGCUUGUUACACCAAACUGAUGCUGUCUAUGGGCUUGAAUAUGAGCGGUUUCAUAACUGAAGUUGUGUCUAAUUACAGCUGCAACGCUGGUAACAAACACCUCUGUUAGUUUCCUCAAGUUGCUUUGAAAACAUUAGCAAGUGGGUGACAGAUUCUAGUGGAUAGUGCAAAUUGGCAUUCAGUUUGUGUGUGCAUGUCCUUUGUAACUACGAUUAGUUUCAAAAUUAGGCUUCAUUUUUUGUUUCUGUCAUUUUUUGUUCUUAUCCUCAAAAUCCGUUGUCCAUUUCAUAUUUUGUAAUUGUUGCAAGUUUCAUUAUAGUUAGUCAUAAACUGUUCAAUAGACUAAUAAACAAGAU